GAAAUAUUUUCUUUCUUUCUUUUCAGAAAACUUCCUUGAAAUGAUUCACGUUUCGCAAAACAACACCAACGUCCUCUUUUCGGAGGUCUACAAAAAAAUGGACAGCGUUGCACGUGAACCAGUUUCUCAAUUCUACGACGAUCUGGCUGAAUACAUCUCGGGAAAAUCCCAGGAACUGGAGUCCCGGAUUUCGGCCUUCUUCGACAUGCUCUUCCCUCUUGUCUACCACCAUUCCAUAAAUCCCAAACUGAAAGAUUUCAGUGACGACUACAAAGAGUGUUUACGUGAGACCCAACAGGAGAUCCGACCUUUCGGGGAUAUUGCUGACCAGAUCACCAUCCAGGUGAAAAGAUCCUUCAGCGUGGCCAGGACUAUAAUCGAGGCUUUCGAAGUCGGUAUCUCUGUUAUAGGUGUCACAGACAACAUGCAAUUCAGGCCAGACUGCAACGCUGGUCUUACUAAAUUGGUUUAUUGUUCUCAGUGCGCUGGAUUCGCGAGGACUAAACCCUGCAGUGGAUACUGCCUAAAUGUUGUGCGGGGUUGUCUUGCUCACGUGGCUGAGCUAGAUCAGCCUUGGAGUGACUUUGUGAGUGGCUUAGAGAGGCUCACAUCCGGCCUUGUGGCUUCCUAUAAUAUAGAAGAAGUGCUUAGUGUUUUGGAUACAAAAAUUUCAGAAGCAAUAAUGUAUGCAAUGGAGAAUGGACCGGAACUUUCUAAAAAGGUAAGAUUUUUUUAAAAUUCAGACUCUUGA